UUGAUAAUAUUAUUUUGGAAGAAAAGCUCUUAUAGUGUGUUGCAUAACACAAAAAUAAAGUUACCUUACAUGUAAAGUGUUGAAACUUAUAGGGUUUUUUGCAAACAAAAUAGUUUUGAAUUGAAUCACAUUUUUAUUAUUUUCAAGUAUAAUACUAACUUGAGUUUCCAAGUUUAUUCUGAAAUUAUUCAAGACUGCUAUUCUCAACUUGUAUUUUUCUGUUGUUUAAUUGUUUUAUUCAUCAACAACUUUCAGUCAAUAUGAAUGAAAUAACAGUUGGAAUCUUAACAAUUAGCGACAGUUGUUUCGAAGGUACGGCUGUUGAUUCAAGUGGCCCAAAUUUGACCACCCUUAUAAGAACAAUGCAGAGCUCAUCUUUAAAAAUUGAAGCGGUCUACAACAGAUGCGUACCAGAUGACCGUCAUAAGAUUGAGGACAUGAUAGAAUACUGGGCGGAUGAGUUGGACGUGGACCUGAUCAUCACGACGGGGGGAACGGGGUUUGGACCGCGUGACGUCACGCCGGAAGCAACCAGGACCGUGAUCGAGAGAGAGGCUCACGGGUUGACCCACCUGAUGCUUGCUGAGAGUGUUAAGAUCACACCGUUCGCCAGCCUGUACCGUGGUAUCUGUGGCAUACGUGGACAAACACUGAUCAUCAAUACUCCUGGCAGUAAAAAAGCAUCCGCUGAAUUCGUGCAGGCAGUAAUCAAGUGUAUUCCCCACGCUCUGGCUGUUAUAAAGAACAUAGAUGUUACUGUCAAAAAAGAUCACCAAGUUAUACAGAAUGAAAGUCAUCAGGGGUCUUGUCCUCAUAGCCAUAGCAAGGUGGACAUCAGUAAAGUUGCUCAUAGACAAAGGAACCAUCAGCAUCUGUAUCCCAUGAUAGACUAUGAAGUGGCUUUGAAUUUGGUGCUGGAAAAUUGCAUUUCUACCGAAUCUGAAAGCAUUGAUCUGUCGUAAGCACAUCAAUCAUUUAAUCA